UUACAUUUUUCCUGUGAAAAUUGCAUUUAAAAACAAAAGACUUCAUUGUUUGCUGGUCAUUAAUUCCCGGAAAGUUUUAAAAUAAUAACGUAUUUUUACAGAUUUUUUUUCACUUAAUUAAAUGGGGGCAUUUAUUAUCAUCACGGAGCAGACAGAAAAUGAUUUGCCAAGCAAACAAAAAACAAAAUAUUUCUGAAGAUAUCGACUACAGCGUCUUUACAGGCUCAGCAAAAGCGAAGCCAGUCUGCAUUUUCCAUCCAAGUUCACUCCCACGCAAAGUUCGCUCGCAAUCUUCACUACGCAGAAGCACUAAAAACUCGAAAAUAUCAGUUAAUGCAUAUUUUCCAAAUUCAAAACAUACUCAAAAUGCACAACCAUCGCAGGCCAGCCAUUUUGGUGGACUAAUAACGCCAGUUGAUGCUGCAGUUUCAAGAACAGAACCGAUUAAAGUAUCUUCACCUUGCGAUCAAGUUCAAAGAACCAAAAAUUCGACUCGGGAAUUCUCGGAAAGACAUUUUAUGCAUGGAAGAAGCGUUUGUCAUUCCAUUAACAAAAGUCUGAGACGUCCGCUCAAAACGCACGUAAAAUUCCUAAUCAUAUUGGCAAUUUUUAUCAUUACUUUAGGAAACCCAUUUUGUAAUUUAGGAGAUUUACCAGGAGACGGUGACUUCUUUUCAAUUUUGCCCAGCCAUGAAGCAAUAAAUUUUCAGCGUCAAGCACCAAAUUUGGCGAAAGAAAGACAUGGCAGGAUGUCAUGUACACAAUUCCCGACAACAACCAGUCCAGUUUUAAGUGAACGUUUCCUGGAGAUGCUCAUUCGAAGGGGUAGGAAUCGUAAAUAUUCUUACACUAAACUCCACCACCAUAACCAAGUACAAAAUCUUCGAGAAAAUGGAACGGAUUCAUUCGAAAUUAUGCUGCUUCGGAGUUCAAAAACUGGAUUAAAAACAUUCGGAUUUUCACAACGGGAAACUGGACUAGGUUUGACUAAGCCAUUCCAACAUUAUCGAACAUCGAAUCUUGGAACGUUACCGUACCUGGUAUCGCAUUAUGGUAACGGACUCAGUAAUUCGGUCGGCUUAAGAUCCGACUUAUCAGUCGAACACAGUUACCAAAUAAAUGUGGAAGUUCUUGAUAUGUUAACUCGAAAAAUUCCUUCUAAGUGCAACGGAGUAAAUAAUCUCUAUUUGAAGAGAGAAAUAAACUUCAAGACGAAGAAAGAAAAACUGCGAAAAGGAUCAGAAAAUAAUUCAAGCAAUGUUCUAACGCUCAAUAAUCAACGUGUACCGAUAAAAAAGUACCAGAAAAGGAUGUAUAAACCCACACUAAAUGUCUCGAAGAUCAAUAAACAACAAGUAUUAAUCAAAAAUUACCAGAAAACGAUGGAUAAACCCAAACUAAAUGUCUUGAAGAUCAAUAAACAACAAGUAUUAAUCAAAAAUUACCAGAAAAGGUUGGAUAAACCCAAACUAAAUGUCUUGAAGAUCAAUAAACAACAAGUAUUAAUCAAAAAUUACCAGAAAAGGUUGGAUAAACCCAUACUAAAUGUCUUGAAGAUUAAUAAACAACGAAUUAUACGCGAGUACAGCAGAAAAUUGACGGCGAGAAUUGCACAAAAGGCCCCAGCAGGCAACCCUCAUGGGGGGUGUGGCUGUAGCAUGGCAUGGGCUGGGGGAAGAAUUGUGAGUGGGGGAAACAUUGCCAAGCUUCCCCCGCCCUCGCGGGGACGGAUCCCAAUCGACGGCAAAUACAAAACCGAAACCUCCAAGAAAUACUACAAUAACCCCAAGGGUGCCCGCAUCACCAAGGCAUCUCACUUCAACUUCCAGUACGUGCUGGGACACAAGAUCGUCUUCCUGUGCGUGGCGCGGGGUAACCCUCUGCCACAAAUAACUUGGUUUAAGGACGGCGUCGAACUCUACGCCCACAAGUACAUGCAGUUGCACGAGUGGACCAGAGGCCAAAAGCUGAAGAGUAAGAUGGAGAUCGACCCCGCGUCGCAGGCGGACGCUGGCAUCUACGAGUGCCACGCCAACAACAUGUACGCUAUGGACAGCCGUGCCUUCCGCACCACAUACCUCGCCGAGUUCAACUGAACCUCACAUAUAUUAUGGGGUUAUAAGCCUAUACCUUUUAGGUUACAUCAACAUUUAGGCUAAAUGGUAAUAAAUGUAAAUUUGUUAUUAUGAAUAUAUUAUUAUUCUAGUGGAAUAUUAUAUUGAACAAUUGAACCACAUACCUCGCAGAGUUCAACUGAACCUCAUUUAUUUUUAAUAAUAAUUAUUAUUGUCAAUUGUAGUUAUUAUUCUUAGCUUAUAUGGGCUUCUCACCUGGAAGGUUUUAUUACCCAAUAGCAUGUUUUUUUCUUUCUAUUGAGUCGUGCUGUGUUGCUUCUGUAUGUUAAAAAAUAAAGAAUAUAUUAUGGGGUUAUAAGCCUGUACCUAUUAGGUUACAUUGACAGCUAUUAAUGGGUAAUAAUUAUAAUUUAUUUUAUGAUGAAUUAAUUAUUACUAUCAUG